CGAUUAUGUAAAUGAAGCGCUCCUUUUUCAGUACAUACUUCUACUUAUUGAUGCAUCCAAUCUUAUGAGGGCACUGUUUGAAUGUCUGCUUUGAGAAUAGAGAGAAAAACGAUGCAUAUAAAAGCAUUGCUGUGAUACAUUGUUCUUUCAUUGGCAUUUUUCCCUUCUUUCAUUGUCUCCACUUACUUUUUCGUAAACACAAUGUCUCCAUCCACCGUCGACAACGACCGCUUCGUGCUCCUUAGGCAGCUAGGAGCAGGAGCAUGUGGCCAAGUGUAUCUUGUCACACUUAAUCUUGUACUUGAAGCUGUGGACACCGUAGAGUCCAAGCUUGUCGCUGCUAAAGUGGAAGCUAAAGAGAAGAGCUUGCUCUUGUACCGCGAGUAUCGAUGCUAUGAAGAUCUUGUUACGCGGGGGACCUGCCAAGCACCCAAGACGUUGUACUUUGGUACUCAAGGCAAACAUAACGCUCUAGUUAUGGAUUUGAUGGGUGCCUCUCUUGAAAGACUCUUUGAGAUGUGUGACAAGUCGUUUUCCCUACAAACAGUUAGUAUUUUGGGCUUGCAGUUGUUGCGGCGGCUGGAGUUCAUUCAUUCGAAGGGCAUCCUACGUCGCGACAUAGAGAACAUCUCAUAG